AUGGAGAAACCUUCUAACUUUUGUGAGUCUUUUGAAAAACUGAAAGCCGAAUGCGUCGAGGAAUCUUUGAAGAAAGGAGGAGAUGCAACUCAGUUCCUUACCGAAAGGGUUGUUAAGGACUUAAUCCUAUUCCGUGUUACUAAACGUAAGUAUCUGCCGCAAACAGAUUUCAAAAGUAAAAUUACUGAAUAUUUGGCCAUGGAUAAGCUUCCCAAGAAGCCUAGGACUCAGCGAGUGGCUUUGCCCAAACCCGAUACACAGGCCAAUGAUGAAGCUCAAGCUCAAGUUGUUUUAUCAACGUCUGAGUCUUUAUUGAUUGAAGGUGAGGUGCCUAUGACUGAGCCAGCGGUUAAGCCCAAGAAACUGCACAUCUUGUGUAAUGGAAAGUUAUUCAAGAGUUCUUCUGCUAUGCCUGCCCCUCCAAACCCACCACGACGCUUGCCUGAGAGUAUCAGGAAUCGCAUUAACGGAAUGCGUGUAACCGGAGAAGUUUUGGUCAUUCGAAAAACCCUUUUUGAUACUGAUGUGAACCCAGGUCAGUGUAAAUUAUCCAUGCCUGUAAGCCAAACCAAUCCAGAUUUCUCGAGAGAGGUAGAGAGAGAAUCUCUUAGUCAGAAAAAGGCCGCCCUCGAUGUACUAUUCAUUGAGCCAUCUAAUACAGUCAAGACGAUGAUCUUAGUGAAAUGGAAUAUGAGCAAAAACGCCAUAUAUGCUCUGAGAACAAAUUGGAAUGGCGUCGUCAGAGAAAACAAACUUAAGAAGGGUAAUGUGGUCGAAGUUUGGUCUUUCCGAAUUGGUGCCCAAGAACGACUUUGCAUGGCUUUAGUUGUUCUCAAUGGAGGAGAAGAAAGCAAAAGUAGUGGCAGUAGCAAUGACAUUAACGAGGGAAGAAAUAACAGCAAUCAAAGAGUAGAAGUAGCACACAGCAAUGGCUGCAGUGGCAGUGGUGGUGAUGCAGGAAGUACCACCAACCAAAGUACAAAUAUGGAAUCAACUCCUUAA